AUGUCAUAAACAGAAGAAACCUUAAAAAAAUAUCCGAAAUAUAUGCCAACUUUAGUGAGAUAUGAAGAGCCAAUUGAAAUAAAUGAAGAUGAAAUGUAACUUGAAAUGCAAGAAUAAGUCUUAAAUUAAAAAAAAAAAUAAUAACUGUAACCUUUGGAUCAAAAAUGGUCUAUAGAUGAAAUUUUGAAUAAAUUCUUUCCUCCUAGAAGAUUUGAACAUGAAGGACAUUACUUUAAAUAAGUUGUUAGUGUUAAUGAUGUAAAAAGAGAUGAAUUAAAUUAAUUGGAAGCAGAAUUAGAUUAAAGAUUAAUUGAGAGAUAGGCUCGGUAGAAUUUAAUUGCAAAUAUUAUAGUAAGAGUGGUAUAUGUCCAGUAAGAGAAGAUUUACAUAGUUAAUUAUUUGAAGAGAUCAUUAGAUAGAGUGCUAUCAAUUGUCCAGAAAGAGGAUUGUUAUUAAUGAGAGUGUAUGAUAAUUUGAANUCCAGAUUAACGCAAUCUAGGAGGUCGGCGAAUUAUAUUACAAUAGAUGCUUCAGCAUCUUCAUCAUGUAGAGACUGCCAAGAGCACUCUCUCUUAAACUAAUUCAAGCAGUAAAUUACUUCGUCGAACUCCAUCUCCAGUUUUCAAAUUUCUGGAUCAAUACAAGGAAGUCCUCAAUACAUUUGAUAAGGUAUAAAAAAUUCAAUAAAAACGACCAUCCGUUGAGAAAUUCAAAAAUAAUUACUUUCUCAAAAAAGUCUAAACCACCAAUACCGAACAUCAAAAGAAUUUUGAAAAAUGUAAAAAGAGAAUCCAAGAAAUGAACAACAAGAAUAAGACCACUUUGAAUCCAGCCCUAUUCUUUAGGAGAGUGGAUAAGAGUCUAAUCAAUAAGACUUGUCCAAUAAGUAAUUAACUUCAAUUUAAUAAGUGCAGCCACGGCCACAAAAGAAAGAAAUACAAUAUGAUAUUGAUUGGGAAAGCAUUGCUAAAAAAAUACCAUAAUUAGCAGAUCCUCUUUUUAAGAAUAAAAUAACUGACUUGAUCGUUUCUAAUAGGAUCUAUAGUGAUGAUGAUUAUGCAUUCCUUGUUUGCCUUAUUUCAAGUGUAAAUAAUGUUGAAUAAUCCAAAAUCAUACAAAUAAUGAGCUAAAUAUUGAAUGAGUUGGGAUUGUUGUGA